AUGGGCAAAGGGCUUGGCUUACUGAGGGUACUUGAUCUGGAGGGAGUCUACAAUCCUAAUUUUCCCGACAACCUAGGCGACUUGUUCCAUUUGAGGUAUUUGGGAUUGAGAUGGACUUUCUUGGAUAAGCUUCCUAAAUCAGUUGGUGAGCUCCCUUAUCUCCAAACGUUAGACUUGAAGCAUACACGCAUAGACAAGAUCCCGACCACCAUUUGGAAACUGAAGAAUCUCCAGCAUCUCAAUCUUGAUGAAGUCCAUCUAGACAAGGAUGCGCCUCUGCAUUACCGAGAAUCCUUGCCUGAUCUCCUGACACUUUGGGGAUUAUCAGUCAGCCACGAGAGCCCGAUCAAAAAUGGUUUGAGCAAGAUGAAACACCUGAGAGAAUUAGGCAUUACUUUCCAAGACAGAGGUCAAGGCCAAUCUACAGAAGCUUUGGUGAAGUGGAUUUCUGAUCUGAAGGAUCUUCAAUCAUUGAGGUUGCGAUCCAAAGAUGAUUGUGGGAAACCUUCGAAUCUUAGUUUAUUGCAGUUUUCAGGCUUGACAAAACUAUCUCACAUGAAGUUACUUGGGAAGCUGCAACAACUUCCAACCUUUGAUCAGUUCCCACCUCGUGUUAAGGUUCUCACAUUAUCAUUGACCUUUCUAUCCAAAGAUCCCAUGCCAACUCUUGGACAGCUACCGGAAUUAACAGUUUUGAGGCUGCUCGGUGACUCAUUCAUCGAGGAUGAAAUGGUCUGCCCAAGGGAAAGCUUUAAGAAUCUUGAGGUUCUAAAACUCUGGGUGCUCAAAGAUCUCAAGGAAUGGAAAGUCGAAGACGGAGCAAUGAAGAAACUCAAAGAGGUCUACAUUAGAAGGUGUUCCAAACUUCAAAACUUCCCAGCCAGCUUGCUGGAGCAGGAAACUUUCCAAGAUUUGAUCUUGAACAACAUGCCCUCUGAGUUCAAGAAUAAUAUUUCCAACGAGUAUCAGUGGAAGGUCUCCAUCAAAGAUUUCUAA